AUGCGCUGCGAGAAGCUGCAGGAGCAGGACAGCUUACCGCCCGUUUCGUACAGGCGCUUCCCUGGUAUCUCCACGCCGCGCCUUGACAGACGGGGUUUCAGAGCUUUUUCUGGUUUGCUUACUAAGAACUUGGACUUCCGCCGAAAGUGGGACAAAGAUGAAUAUGAGAAACUUGCAGAGAAGCGGCUCACAGAAGAGAGAGAAAAGAAAGAUGGCAAACCAGCUCAGCCUGUCAAAAGGGAACUUCUGCGGCACCGAGACUACAAAGUGGACCUGGAAUCGAAGCUGGGGAAAACCAUCGUCAUCACCAAAACUACCCCUCAGUCAGAGAUGGGAGGGUAUUACUGUAACGUGUGCGACUGCGUGGUGAAAGACUCCAUUAACUUCUUGGAUCACAUCAAUGGCAAAAAACAUCAGAGAAAUCUGGGCAUGUCCAUGCGGGUGGAGCGCUCCACGCUGGAUCAGGUGAAGAAACGCUUUGAGGUGAACAAGAAGAAGAUGGAGGAGAAGCAGAAGGACUAUGACUUUGAGGAGAGGAUGAAGGAACUCCGUGAGGAGGAGGAGAAGGCCAAAGCCUACAAGAAGGAGAAGCAGAGAGAGAAGAAAAGGCGGGCGGAGGAAGAUUUGACAUUUGAAGAGGAUGACGAAAUGGCAGCUGUGAUGGGUUUCUCUGGUUUCGGCUCAACCAAAAAGAAUCACUGAGCAGCUCUGGACUCUCCUCUUUCUUGAAACAGAUUGUUUUUACCCAGGGGACUCUGGAUAACUCUUAAAAGACUUGAUUGAGGACUUGUAUGUAAAUCUCCCAGUAGAAAUUGGCUGGAGGAGUCGAAAAGCGAUUCCAUGCUCUACCUGUGCUGCAGAACAAGCUCCGCCUGUCAUUAGCUUCCCGUCUCCUUCUGUGUCCUAGAUCUGGCUGCUCGUCACUGCUCUAUGGCCUUGUGUGUGCAGGGAAGUGUUCUGCUGGGUGCGUUUUUGUGUCAAUAAAGUGCAACAGUUCUGUACAGAUGGCCUGGUUCGGGAUUAAUCUAGUUGUCAACCAGGCAUUGUUGUUCCGGGCCCUAGUUGUUCUCGUUGUCGACCGGGCUGUGUGUUUGAGACGCAGGGAGCGAUUCAGUUUCUUUUUGGAUCAUGUAACUGAAGGAAAUGUGCCGCAGCGAGCGGUGUUGAGCGGUGCAACCUGCAUCUUCGUGGCUUGUGCUGAGCAGAGCUGGUGGCUGCAUGGAGUCUGGGUCGCCGAAACUUUCCUGUGUGUUUUAUCUGCAAGGGAUACUUCCCUGCUUUUCUUUGUGUUUCGUCCCAUAACUUUGAUAUCUUUAAGGCAGGGGAGAAAUUCCUCCCCACGACUGAUCUAGGAUAGAGCGAAUGAAAGAAAGGUGUGUGCAAUUUGCCAGAAAUAAAUGGAUCGUUUUAAUGGGUC